ACAUUUCAACGAAUAAGAAGUGAAAGUGUAUGAGGAAAGCACGUCAUUUAUGUUAUUCACUAGAAAUCAUUUGCACGUCGCAGAUGCUAAUAUGAUGUGAAAUUUAUUUAGAUCUAGUAAGAUAGUUCAUCACCAUACGAAAGUGAAUACUUAAGGCAGAAUCUAUACCGUUUGCAUGCAAAUUUUCGUGACCUUUUGAUAGAAGUCAACGUGAUACUAUCUGGCACAAAGAAAUGGCAACAAAACGGAAACCAAUUCACACGCAAACGGGCAGCGCGCAACGCCCGAACAUGAACUACAGGGCCAAUGUAAACGACACGACCGCUCGGGCGGAGGCAAAGGGGACUCGUCCAACGCCGGCACCGACUUCGAUCAAAGAAGUUCUCACGAUGAUGGUGUUGCAUGUGUGUAAAAAGAUAAUAUUCUUCGAUACCAACCUGAAAGUACCACUCUACCUGGGGAGCUUAUUCUUUGUGUCUCUUAUUGGAGAUUUUAUACCUUACCCAAAAACAUAUCUGGCAAGAUCGGAUAACCUAUUCAAUGUUUAUUUUGUAAAAAUGGGAUGGGCCUGGACAUUACUGUUUUCGGUGCCUUUUCUAGCGUUAACAUCGGUGACAAUAUGUUGUGGAGACCAUCAGAGACUGGUGAAAAAUCAUCUUCCCAGAUUGGGAAUCGCAACGGUGUUUUGGUUUGUGUGGACGAAACUAUUUAAUAUUAUAGAAUCAACGUAUGGUCGAUGCAGUAUUCGAGGAUUUGAUUCGAAAUCUGGUUGCUUAAAAGCGGGUCACCUGUGGAGUGGAUUCGAUAUUUCCGGGCAUGCAUUUAUUCUCAUCUACUCAAGUCUUAUUCUGAUGGAAGAAGCUCGAUCAAUUAUUGGUUGGGAAAGCAUCAAAGAGCAUCUUCGAAAUGAGGAACAUAACAGAGCUAAGAAUGACACAACCCAGGCAACAAAUCCUCUGAAAAGUUUGAAAGACGGUGACCUGAAAGCAUUGAAGCAUUUCUAUAUUCGAUACACUCCUACAAUCAGGCUACUCUUUGUGGGUAUGACCAUGUUACAGUUAUUAUGGGAUAUAAUGCUGGUUGGAACUAUGUUGUACUAUCAUCGCAUGGUGGAGAAAGUUCUUAGUGGAAUCUUCGCUGUUCUAACGUGGUUCUUUACGUACCGUGCUUGGUACCCAGCGCAAUCCUUACUACCGGAUCCAGUUGGAAAGGGUUUGUUCAACUAUCAAGUUGCGUCCCGAUCGGUUGAGACUGGGCUUCGAAGACGGACUAGUCUUCUGCAGCAAAAUUCACCGCAGUCACAAGACAUACCCAAAUUUAUGGGUAUGCCUCUAUAUGCAGCAAGACAAACAAACCCUUCUGUCAAUAAUAUGGGCGGAAUAGGAUCUCCGCAGGAUUCCAGUUCGGGAUCUUCAUUCGUAGGUACUUCCACUUCCUUUAACAUCAAUGCUGGUGUAUCACGGUUAGGAGCCGCCGGCGGAGGUGGUAACUUCGAUAUCAACAAUCCACCUUUGUCUCGAUUCCAGCAGAGCGCGCAACGAAGCAGAUUUGAUCGGUUUGAGUAGUCAAUAAGUAAGUCAGUACUUUCAAGUUAGGCCAAAAAUUAUGAAAACUUAUGAUACGUUUUUAAGACGCUCUUAGGAAUCAGAGUCUCUGAGUACUGUUUUCUUUUUGAAAAUAAAAUCUUUUACGUCAUUUGGUAUAGGUUUCUGAAUCCAAUAGUUUGUAAAGUUUACCCCAACUAUAUGAGGCUGAGGCAUCGAUUGUAGCUUUAAAUAAAACUUGCCCUCAAAGCUUA